AUGGUUCAUGAGAUCGUGAGGUUUUGUUUCCUGGGCAUUUUGGUGAUGCAAAAUGCAGUUUCGGGUACUCAUCAUCAUCACAUGUCCCUGCAGCAGGAAGCAGCUUCGCCUUCGCCUUCGCCUUCGCCGGCGCCGUCAAGAAAGGUGGUGCCGGCCAUGUUCAUCUUCGGAGACUCCCUCAUCGACAACGGCAACAACAACAACAUCGCUUCCUUCGCCAAAGCCAAUUAUUUCCCCUAUGGCAUCGACUUCCAAGGCGGCCCUACCGGCCGCUUCUCCAACGGCUUCACUAUGGUCGACACGAUCGCUCAACUGUUGGGACUGCGUCUAAUCCCUGCUUACUCCGAAGCUUCUCCUGCCCAAGUCCUUCACGGCGUCAAUUACGCCUCCGCCGCCGCCGGAAUCCUUGAUGACACCGGAAUGAACUUUCUGGGUCGAAUCCCAUUCAACCAGCAGAUCAAGAACUUUGAGGACACUCUGCACCAAAUAACAACAGAAGACCGAGUUCCGGCGGCUGUAUUGGCCCGGGAUCUAGCCGGCUCCAUCUUCUUUGUGGGCAUAGGUAGCAAUGACUACCUCAACAACUAUCUCAUGCCCAAUUACGAGACCAGCAAGCAGUACAAUCCUAAGAAAUUCGCCCGCCUCUUGACUGAACAGUACUCCCAACAGCUCACGAGGUUGUACAAUCUUGGUGCCCGGAAAUUUGUGCUUACUGGGAUAGGGAAGAUGGGGUGCAUCCCCAGCAUGCUGGCCCGAACUGCCAAUGGCAGCUGCUUUGAAGAAGUGAACCAGUUGGUGCAGCCUUUUAAUGCCAAUGUCAAAGCCAUGGCGGAUGGCCUCACCUCUUGCCUCGCUGAUUCUCAGUUUAUUUUCAUGGACGUUCGAAACAUUUUCGAAGAUAUCGUGGCCAAGAAGGACUCCUACGGAUUUAGGGUGACAAACUACGGGUGCUGUGGAAUAGGGCGAUUCGGGGGCCAGAUUACAUGUCUCCCAUUUCAAAUGCCAUGUGCAAACAGAAAACAGUAUAUGUUUUGGGAUGCCUUCCACCCAACUGAGGCAGUGAACAUUCUGAUGGGGAUAAAGGCUUUCAAUGGAAGUAUCCAUGAAGUUUAUCCUAUGAACAUAGAGCAGCUUGCCGCCAUCUAA